GUAAGAAUAGCCAACAAUGGCAGAGAUAAUUCCUGUUGCCUUUUGUCUUCUUGCAGUUGUCAGGCCAGAGGUGAGUGAGAGCAACGAAUUGGAUUUAGCUCUUAGAUUGAGCCGCACUUUCUAAGGAACACUUGUUCCUCUCGGCCAAGUCCCGAAGCCUUAUUUAAUUACUCCUCUUGCAGUUUGACUUCUAAACCUUUUUUUCCAGUACUUUCCUCCCUUCCCAAUUAGUUGUUGCUUUUGAAUAUGCACGAUUUCUUCUUAUUCCCUCAAUAAGUGAGGAUUCUUGGAACCAGACAUGGAAUGUUGGGACUCACUUGGAUUUUUAAUCAUUGCCCUCAGCUACAACGUCACAAUUAUAGGGAAGAUUUGGCUAACUCUUGUGAUCUUGCUAAGAUUUAUGGUGAUCUUCUUAGCAGCAUAUCCUCUCUACCAAGAUGAGCAAGAACGGUUUAUCUGCAAUACUUUACAACCAGGAUGCUCCAAUGUCUGCUAUGACAUUUUUGCCCCAGUCUCCCACUUUCGCUUCUGGCUCAUUCAGACUGUCUCCAUCCUUCUGCCCUAUGCUGUGUUUGGUGUUUGUGUGUUACACAGUGUGGUCAGACAGGUUGUGAAGACAUAUUCCGUGCCUUAUCGUCGAUACAAAGAGAUCAAAUCUUCGGUAGGCUCAAAAGUUACAAAAAAAUCAUCCAAAAAUACAGGAAGGAGCAGAAUCGCUUGCAAAGCAUACGAAAUGGAUAUUCCUGAUUUUUCGGGAGCAUAUACAGUCCACCUUCUUUUGCGAAUAUUGAUAGAAGCUGGUUUUGGAGCUGGCCAUUAUUACCUUUUUGGAUUCUUUGUUCCAAGGCGGUUCUCCUGUAACCAGCCCCCUUGUACAAGCUUUGUUGACUGCUACAUCUCCAGACCCACUGAAAAAUCUAUCAUGAUGCUUUUCAUCUGGGGACUCAGUGGCUUUUCGUUUCUCCUCAGCCUCGUUGACUUGGUCUUUGCCUUCCGGACCAACGCUGUAAGAAACCAAAGAAACAAGCUGCUGUUGGAGAAGUAUACGGCACAAGAGAACUGCACCUUCAGCCUGAGCAAAGGUGACAAACCAAACCAAGAUUUGCUCGGCCAUGGGAGCAUUGCUGUGCCAGACAGUUGUGGCAACUGUUUGCUUGGGCAUGAGGUUACAGGAGGCUACUGUUUCAAGCCUACAUUGACUUCUCAGCAAACUAUUAACUCAAACCUCAACAGUAAUAGUAACAAGUCUGGUGUUGCAUCUACUAAUCCAGAGAACAAAGUUGUGCCUUUCUGUGGAAGUGGCCAACCAGAGAUUGCAUGUGAGCAACCAAGAUGUGAACAGAAGGCAUGUUCUCUCAAAGGGAUCUCAACUUUUAAACCCCAGGAUGGCUGCCACCAUAGAUCUCAUUCUUCUGCCAGUCAUCACAAGCCCUCAGUUCAUUAUUCUGUUGUGGAGAGGAAAGCCUCCGAUGUUCAGUCUGUCUGCAGUAGCACUGGAUGUUCACGAUCCAAGAAAUCUGAAUGGGUGUGAAAAAAACAGAACAGAAUCUGGUCUUGGAGGAUGAUACAUUUUUGUUUUGGACUGAUGCUAUUCAUUCUACUUUUACUGUUGCAAUAAGUAUACCUUUUGUAAUGGCAAUAGUGACAUAGGAAGCAUUUGGGUUCUGGGGUAUGAAAUAAGAUACUGUCAUUCUGCUUAACUGGCCAGAUCAGCUUUUAAAAUAGGGAAACUCACUAAGGUUGAAUAUGCACCUGGCAUUUUGUGUGUGUGUGUGU